GCGGAGCGAUAUUUGUUUACAGGCUGAGGACAGUACUGUAAGUGAGUAGCGCUGCUGAGAAGGCGGCUGACAUAAAUUAAUGUUGAAAUUACUCCAUCAGCGCUGCUCGCCCCCCGCGACGACACCGACACCCCCCAAGCGGAGGCUGGUCUGCUCGGAUUGCCCAUGCACUUGUUGCAGAAACAGCCAAGGCCCUGGUUCUGGAAGAUUCUGAAGGAGGAAGACACUCAAGCAGGACCAUCAUAACCUAAACAGACAGUGGCCCCCAUCACGCACAGGCCCAGAUGUGGGUUCCUCCUCUGGGACUCCAGAAAGAUCGGUCACUAACGGAUGGAGACGUCGCCACGCCUCGCCCGUCCAGGCAGCUCUUUCUCCUGAGCCGGGUCUUCUCUUCCCGCCUGCCGCGCAGCAUGAGAGCAUGACCAGCCGGCCCAGGAGCCCCGCGCCCGGCCCCCGGCCCGCCGCCCGCCGCCCCGGCCACGGUGUGAACAGCGUCUCCUCCCCGCGGUGGUGUUUGGGGGGUUGCUCGUCUCGGGUGAGGAUGUCCCCCCUGCUCUGCACAUGAGUGGCCCAGGCCGACAGAAGCCCCUGCCUCCAGCCCCCCUUGCAGACACGUCCACCAUGGAGUAGUGUGAACUCUUGGACUCAGCUUCUCAGGGUCUCCAUCUUUCGGGGGGGGGGGUUGCUUCAGUGACCUUUGUGUUUUAUGCUUUUGUGGCUGGACAGUCACGAGCAAGGCCGACACCGCGAUGGGGGACCAGCAGCUGUACAAGACCAACCACGUGGCCCACGGCGGUGAGAACCUUUUCUACCAACAGCCGCCGCUGGGCGUCCACGGCGGGCUGAACCACGGCUAUGGGAACGCGGCGGCCGGGGGUGGCCUGGAGCCCCCCCAGGCCUCCCCCCUCUCCCCCCACUUCCCUCAAGACACUCGGGAUGGGCUGAGCUUGCCCAUCGGCUCCAAAAACCUUGGCCAAAUGGAUACCUCGAGGCAGGGCGGCUGGGGAGGCCACGCGGGGCCUGGAAACCACGUCCAACUCCGCGGCAACCUGACCAACUCCAAUAUGAUGUGGGCACCGGCCCAGGUGGAGCCCACCGACGCCUACCAAUACACCUACUCCCAGGCCAGUGAGAUCCGGACCCAGAAGCUCACCAGCGGCGUCUUACACAAGCUGGAUUCCUUCACCCAGGUGUUUGCCAACCAGAACCUGCGGAUUCAGGUCAACAACAUGGCGCAGGUGCUGCACACGCAGUCGGCGGUGAUGGACGGGGCGCCCGACAGUGCCCUCCGCCAGCUGCUGUCCCAGAAGCCCCUGGAGCCCCCCACCUCCGCCCUCCCCUCCCGCUACCCGCAGGCGGGCCAGCAGCCCCACCCCGGCUUCCCCGCCGGGCUGUCCAAGCCGGCUCUGCAGGUGGGGCAGCACGCCGCCCAAGGGCACCUGUACUACGACUACCAGCAGCCGGUGCCCGCCGCGCCGCUGCAGGCCCCGCAGGUGCUGGCCCAGCACCUGCCCCCGGUGCAGCAGCCCCAGUACUUCCCCCAGCAGCACGCCGCGCAGCAGCGGGUCUCCAUGCAGGAAAUGCAGCAGCCGCCCCAGCAGCCGCCCCAGACCCGCCCUCCCCAGCCUCCGCCUCCGCAGCAGACGCCGCUGCCCCUGCCCCCGCGGCAGGGCCCCAUGCAGAUACCUCAGUAUUACCAACCCCAGCCCAUGCAGCAGCACUUGCAGGAGCAGCCGCCGCCGCCGGUGCACCUGCAGCCCCCGUCCUACCACAGAGACCCUCAUCAGUACAGCCCCGAGCAGGCGCAUGCGGUCCAGCUGAUCCAGCUGGGCUCCGUGCCUCAGUACUACUACCAGGAGCCCCAGCAGCCCUACAGCCACCCGCUCUACCAGCACAGCCACCCGCCCCAGCCCCAGCCGCCGCCGCCGCCGCCGCCGCGGGAGGACGGGCAGCUGAAGGCCUAUUGCAUCGAUCGGCAGACCCCAGCCCUGCUGAGUUCCCACGGGGACCUGGGGCCCCCGGAGACAGGAAUGGGAGACCCGGCGAGCUCGGACCUGAGUCGGGUCAGCAGCGCGCUCCCCCAUCGGCCCCUGCUGUCCCCCGGGGGGGUCCACCUCAACAACAUGGGGCCUGCGCCUCAGCAGCCGUCGCCCAGCGCCCUGUGGCCCCAGAUGCACCUGCCUGAUGGGAGAGCCCAGGCGGGGUCCCCGGAGUCCAGUGGCCAGCCCAAAGGAGUGUUUGGAGAGGCGUUUGAUGCCAAGACCAAGCUGACCUGCUCCAUCUGCCUGAAGGAGUUCAAGAGCCUCCCCGCCCUCAACGGCCACAUGCGCUCCCACGGAGGAAUGCGGGCCUCCCCGAGCCUCAAACAGGAGGAAGGAGAGAAGGUCCAGCCGCCUCCGCCUCCGCCACCGCCGCCGCUCGCUCCCGAGGCCGAAAGCCUCACGCCCAUCGUCAUGCCCGUGUCUGUCCCUGUCAAGCUUCUCCCACCCAAGCCCAGCCCGCAGGGCUUCACCACCGGCGGCGCUGCCACCCCCUCUGCCAGAGACAAGCCAGCCAGCUCGACGGCCGACGACCAGAUGCCCGUGCUCGUGAGGAUGGCACUGUCGCCGCCCCGCUCCCCCCCGGGGGCUGCCCCCUGCGCUCCCGCUGACCCCGCCCGGAAGCCCCCGCCCGGCGCCGUCAAGGCCGAGGAGCCCCCGCGCGCCGCCCCGGACAAGAAGCGGUUCCGCCACCGCCCCGAGCCGCUGUUCAUCCCGCCGCCGCCCGCGCCGUCGGGCGCCACGCUGUUCCAGAGCCAGCUGCGCUCCCCGCGGGCGCCGGGGGACGCCCUGCCGGCCGAGCCGGGCCGCGAGCCGCCGCCCUACACGCCGCCGCCCAUGCUCAGCCCCGCGCGCCAGGGCUCCGGGCUCUUCAGCAGCGUGCUGGCCGCGGGCCACGCCGGCCUCGCCGGCCACGCGGGCGCCCACCCGCCGCUGCCGCUCACGCCGCUCACGCCCACCCCGCGCGUGCUGCUCUGCCGCUCCAACAGCAUUGAUGGCAGUGGUGUGACCAUCACCCCAGGCCCUGGAGAGCAGACUGUGGAUGUGGAACCACGGAUCAACAUUGGCUUGAGAUUCCAAGCUGAGAUCCCUGAACUGCGGGACACCUCUUCCCUCGCCCAGGACACACACAAGGCCACGCUGGUGUGGAAGCCUUGGCCAGAGCUGGAAAACCAGGACCUCCACCAACGAGUGGAGAGUCUUCUGAAUUUGUGCUGUUCAAGUGCAGUGCCGGGUGGCGGGACCAAUUCUGAACUUGCUUUGCACUCUCUCUUCGAGGCCAAAGGUGAUGUGAUGGCUACUCUGGAAAUGCUGCUGCUGCAGAAACCAGUCAGGUUAAAAUGCCAUCCUUUAGCAAAUUACCACUAUGCCGGAUCGGACAAGUGGACCUCCCUAGAAAGAAAAAUGUUCAAUAAAGCACUAGCCACUUACAGCAAAGACUUUAUUUUUGUACAGAAAAUGGUGAAGUCCAAGACGGUGGCUCAGUGCGUGGAAUACUACUAUACCUGGAAGAAGAUAAUGCGGCUAGGGAGGAAGCACAGGACACGGCUGGUGGAGGUCAUCGAGGACUGCAUGACGAGUGAAGAGGAAGAAGAGGUGGAGGAGGAGGAGGAGGACCUGGAAGAAGAUAGGAAAUCACCCAAAGAGGAGGAGAGUGAAGUGCCCAAGUCCCCGGAGCCCCCACCAGCGCCUGUCCCGCCUGCCACGGAGGGGCCGGCCCUGCAGGCCCUCGGCCAGCCCUCGGGCUCCUUCAUCUGUGAGAUGCCCAACUGUGGGGCUGUCUUCAGCUCUCGCCAGGCUCUCAACGGCCACGCCCGCAUCCACGGUGGCACCAACCAGGUGACCAAGGCUCGAAGCGCUGGCCCCGCUGGGAAGCAGAAGCCUGGUGGGGCCCAGAGCGGGUACUGCUCCGUGAAGAGCUCGCCCUCCCACAGCACCACCAGCGGCGAGACGGACCCCACCACCAUCUUCCCCUGCAAGGAGUGUGGCAAGGUCUUCUUCAAGAUCAAAAGCCGAAAUGCACACAUGAAAACGCACAGGCAGCAGGAGGAGCAGCAGAGGCAGAAAGCUCAAAAGGCAGCUUUUGCCGCCGAAAUGGCAGCCACGAUUGAGAGGACUACGGGCCCAGUGGGGGCGCCGGGGCUGCUGCCCCUGGACCAGCUGGGUCUCAUGAAACCCAUCAAGGACGUGGAUGUCCUGGACGAUGACGUUGUCCAGCAGUUAGGCGGUGUCAUGGAAGAGGCUGAGGUCGUGGACACCGACCUGCUCUUGGAUGACCAAGACUCGGUUCUACUUCAGGGUGACGCCGAACUAUAGAGCCUGAAGGUCACCGACAGACACUGAGACUCCACGGCCGCCAUCUUCGUCAAUCAGGAAACCUGGACUGCCUGCUUGAUUUUGUAACCCUUUUAAACUACCUGUUUAAAAAGUGGUCAUUUUAUUCAGGUUUAGAGAAGAAGAAAACUAAAUCCAGUUCCUUUUCCUUUUAUCUUUUUAAAUUGUUUUUACGGGGGGGGCUAGGGGGGAAUAAAUAAUUGGCACAACUAUC